GAACUACAAACCAGCCAUGAGAAUCAGGUCGACCUGUCAAGAGUACCAUCUCCUUAUGCUCGUGCUAUGCCAGAUCUCGCUCGACUUUACCGCCAGUGACAAUAUAUUUGUAGGUCUCAAUACUGAGGUGUAUAAGCUGGAGGGCGACAUCAAUCUGGGAGCGCUGUACAGCAUCACCGAAUACUCUACGGACCCCGACAGACCAGGAUGUUCUAAAACGCCGCGAGCGCAUACUCAGGUCCUGGAGAGAAUUGAAGCGACGAUGUUCGCGGUGCGGAAGAUCAACAACGACAAGACCAUACUACCGAACGUCACUCUGGGGAUGUACAUUGUGGAUUAUUGUAUCCUAUCCAACAUGGCGUUGGCCAGGGCGCUGUCGUUUCUUCCGGGGCGUGGGGCCGAGAGUAUUAUAAACACGGCGAGUACGAACCACUACGAUGUUGUGGGGGUGGUUGGGUUAUCCUCCAGCGAAGACGCCAUCCCCGUGUCGAGUCUCUACUCCUCCGCCCAGCUUCCUCUUAUCAGCUUCUUGGCCACAUCUGACUACCUCAGCAACAAAGACUUCCAUUCGUAUUUCUUAAGGGUGGUUCCCUCCGACGCUCAGCGGGUCAAUGCUAUGAUGCAGUUUAUUACCGACAACGGCUGGUCUUUCAUCUCUGUAGUCUAUGAUGAAGGUGAGUACGGGGAGGCCGCGUUUUACACGAUCAAAAAGACGUCUGACAAGUUUGGUGUUUGUGUGGCUGCGUCGCUGAAAAUAAACUCCGAAACUAACUUCGCUCACGUGAUAGAGAAGCUUUUAAUGUACAGGAAAGCGAGAAUAGUUAUUAUGUUCACAAGUCAGGUGCACACGAAUAAAAUACUAGAGACAGCCAACCUGAGAACUACCGCUGGCCAUUUUAUCUGGAUUGGUAGCGACGGUCUCGAGGAGAGUUUGAACACACAAAAAGAAACAGCAUCUCACGUUCGGGGGUCUUUUAAUUUUAAGCCCCAAUCGUCCAAGUGUCCUGAAUUUACUGAAUAUUUUAACAAAUUACUUCCCGGCUCAACGAGUAAUCCUUGGUUACCUAAAUUUUUUGAAAUAUUCGGGAAAUGCUCGUUAGAGGACAGGAGUUGCAAUUUGUCUAAGUCGGCAGGAGAGUUUUCAAGUUUGUAUCCGUCGUUCACUACAUCUCUAGUCAUGGACAGUGUCGCAACGUACGCAGACGCCAUUCACCGCUUGUUGAAAAACCUGUGUCCUAACGCUUUGGGAAAAGCGGCUCGAAACUGUAUUAAACGUGACGUUCUCCGUCAAUAUUUACUGAACGCAUCUUUUGACGGAAUUACCGGACGUAUUGAAUUCGAUGAGGAUGGAAACUUGAACGGGAGAUAUGAAAUUGAACAGUUUGUGGAUCGGAAAACGGAUGCAGAAUUUAUCUCCGAUGAGCACUUGGUGGGCAAAACAAUCGGGUUCUAUAACAUCAUUUCCGGUUCUAUUGAAUACAUAGGUAAUAACAUCUCGUGGGAAUAUUUCAGGGGCAGCGCAGACGACGCGGCACCAGCGGCGGAUACCACGAACCUACCACCAGACUCCGCCUGUAGCCGACCCUGUACCGCUGGAGAAUACCCGGUGCCAAAAGAGAUCAUCUGUUGCUGGGAUUGCCGCAAAUGUCGCCAGAAUGAAAUCGUCGUCAACAACGGAACCCACUGCGAACCGUGCGCGACAUUGUUCUGGCCUGACGAGGAUUCGAACUUCACAUCCUGCUCCCCCAUCACUGCAACGUUCACUAACUUCUCCAACUACAUCGCUCAGAUCGAGAUAUGCGUGGCUGUCUUGGCCAUUAUGUUCCAAGUUUAUAUCUCUAUCAUGUACGUCAACCUCCGCGAGAGCAGUAUCAUCAAAACAUGCGACAGAGAACUGAGUGCUAUUCAAAUGAUGGGGAUCUUCCUGGGGUAUGUGACUGUGAUACUGUUUCAAGCUAAACCCACGGUGACGACGUGUACCACCAUCUACGUGAUGUUCAGCUUCAGCUUCUCUUUAAUCUACGACCCACUUCUGGUGAAAACUGUCAAGCUGUAUCGGAUCUUCCAAUCCCAAGAAAUAUCCUUAAGUACACCGCUUGUCAUCAGCACGAAGUCGCAGCUUCUGUUCGCGUCCACGUUAAUAUCUCUACAGACUUUUAUUUGUCUAUGCGUCAACUUCUUGCAAAGUCCGACGCCAACUCUGAAACAGCCCGUGGCAACUGUAAAAUUUGUGGAACUCUACUGCCACGUCCACAUCGCUGGCAUCGUCUCAUUCCUGUCUUACAACGUCAUUCUCGUCUUCCUCUGCUCCAUCUUCGCCUUCAAGACCCGAUCGCUGCCGGAGAACUUCAGCGAGUCCAAGUUCAUCUCCAUGUGCGUCUUUACCACGCUGGUCAUCUGGUUGUCGUUCAUCUGCGCUUACGUCUCAAUCAGCCAGGAACAGAUGAAGGUCGUCCUGCUGUGUGUGGCGCUACUCCUCAACCACACGGUGGCGCUGCUGUUUCUCUUCCUGCCCAAGAUCUACGCCGCGGUGUACAUUGAGCCUACAGCGUUACAUAGACCGUCCAUGUUUUUGCAGCACUGAACCCAUUUCAGAUCCUGAUCAAAAAGGGGCCAAGACUACCAACGGCUUUUGCAACCCAUUCAAUACAGGCAUGAAAAAAUGUGACGAAGUGCUGCUGUUUGUGUACACGUAU